GUGGAUGUCGAGUAAUUCGGAAUAGCCCACCUCGUUUAGACCCUAGACACAGCAGAUAAGAAUGGUCACAAUAUUCCCGCCAAAUAAUGCCGAUCAACGGAAACAGUAGCUUAAAAUUCCCGCGCUAUUUUAUGAUAUAGUUAUGUAGCCUGAAGACUGUUUGCUUUCCCCUCUUCACUUCUUCACUCUCUACAGCUUUCUGCACAUUAUUCUUUUUUUUUUUUCACUUUAAUCUCAUUUCUUUCUCUCUUCUCAAAUCACAUUUUCUCUCGAAUUCGCCGGUGAAAGAGAAUAAAAAUGGCACCGGCGCAAAAACCGACCAACGGCAGAUCACCGCUGGUGAAUCCACAGCGUCAAAUCACCUCAUUCUUUUCCAAAACAACCUCUCCUCUCUCUACUCUUUCCAAAGGAGAAACCCCCAAAUCUAACCCUAACCCUAACCCUAGCUUUAACUCUAAGAAACCUUCCACUCCUGCUCCUACUACUCCUUCUCCUACACAAUCAAAGACUAAAAAGCCCCUCCUAGUUAUUGGCCAAACUCCGUCUCCAUCAACGCCUGGUGUGGCUAAUAAGUUAUAUGGAAAAGAGGUGGUGGAGAGGAGGAUUAGGGUUUACUGGCCGUUGGAUAAGAGCUGGUACGACGGUUAUGUUAAGUCUUAUGAUGAGAAAUCAGGUAGGCAUUUGGUUCAGUACGAUGAUUCUGAAGAAGAGGUGUUGGAUUUAGGAAAUGAGAAGAUUGAGUGGGUUGAAGAAAGUGUCAAGAAGUUGAAGCGAUUACGCAGAGGUUCUUUGGCUUUUAAUAAAAAUGUAGUGAUUGAAGAUGGGGAUAUGGAGGAUGUUGUUGCUGAUAUUGAAGAUGAGAAUGUCGGUGCUGAUGGUGACGAUUCUAGUGAUGAAGAUUGGGAAAAGAACGCGGAGAAAGAUACUUGUGAAGACAAGGAUGUUGAUUUGGAUGAUGACGAUGACCAUGAUUCGGUAGGAGAUGACAUUUUGAAGGCUGCAAAGAGUAAGCUGGGGAAAAGGAAGGUUGAUGGAGCUGCGACGUUGGGUUCUGCAAAAAAGAAGAAGAGCGGUGGAGAUGUGAGUGAAGCAGUAUUCAAGAUUCCGAUUGUUGAGCCAGUGAAGGAUAAAGGAAAUGGAUUGUCUAAUGGGCUUGGUAAUGGUAAUGCCUUGGUGAUUGAUACUGUUGAAAGGUUUAGUGUGCGUGAAGCUGAGAAGUUGUGGUUUCUUGGAUCAGAACAAAAGGAUGCAAAAAAGAGGCGUCCUGGAGAUGCAGAUUAUGAUCCGAGGACUUUAUACCUGCCUCCUAAUUUCCUUAAGAGCUUAUCAGGUGGCCAGAGACAAUGGUGGGAGUUUAAAUCUAAACAUAUGGAUAAGGUUUUGUUUUUCAAGAUGGGCAAGUUUUAUGAGCUUUUUGAAAUGGAUGCCCAUGUAGGAGCUAAGGAACUAAAUUUGCAAUAUAUGAAGGGAGAACAGCCACAUUGUGGUUUUCCAGAGAAGAACUUCUCAAUGAAUGUGGAAAAACUGGCUAGAAAGGGUUAUCGAGUUCUGGUGAUAGAGCAGACUGAAACACCUGAGCAAAUGGAAAUUCGUCGCAAAGAGACAGGUUCCAAAGACAAGGUUGUGAAACGUGAAAUAUGUGCAGUGGUUACAAGAGGAACGCUAACUGAAGGAGAAUUACUUAGAGCAAAUCCUGAUGCUUCUUACCUCAUGGCAUUAACUGAAAGUCGGCAAAAUUUGGAAAAUCAAAAUUUUGAGCGGAAUUUUGGAAUUUGUGUGGUUGAUGUUUCUACCAGCAGAAUCAUUCUUGGACAGUUUAAAGAUGAUGCAGAGUGCAGCUCAUUGUGUUCUCUGCUAUCUGAAUUGAGGCCAGCAGAAGUUAUAAAACCUGCAAAAAUGCUCAGUUCCGAAACUGAAAGAGCAAUGCUAAGACAUACUAGAAAUCCUUUAGUCAAUGAAUUAGCUCCUCUUUCGGAAUUCUGGGAUGCGGAGAAAACUACUCGUGAAGUCAGGAUCAUCUACAAGCGUAUUGCUGAUCAAUCAGCUUCCAGAUCUUUGAAUAAAGAAGAUAAUGAUACUCCAAAUCUUCAAUUCAAAGACGAUGGGCCAAGCUGCUUCCCAAAAAUUCUGUCAGAGCUAGUGAAUAAAGGAGACGAUGGUAACCUAGCACUGUCAGCUCUUGGAGGCACUCUCUAUUAUCUCAAACAGUCCUUUCUGGACGAGACAUUGCUUAGAUUUGCAAAGUUCGAAACACUUCCAUGCUCUGAGUUCUGUGAUGCUGCUCAAAAACCAUACAUGAUUCUUGAUGCUGCUGUCCUGGAGAACCUUGAGAUUUUUGAGAAUGUCAGAAAUGGAGGCUCCUCUGGGACAUUAUACGCGCAACUGAACCAUUGUGUGACAUCAUUUGGAAAGAGGUUGCUCAAAACAUGGCUAGCAAGACCGUUAUAUCAUUUGCAAACUAUUAUGGACAGACAAGAAGCUGUGGCAGGUAUACGGGGGGUAAAUCAACCUGCAGCACUUGAAUUUCGAAAAGCUUUGUCCAAGCUUCCUGAUAUGGAGAGACUGCUUGCGCGAAUAUUUGCUAGCAGCGAAGCUACUGGGAGAAAUGCAAAUAAAGUAACUUUAUAUGAAGAUGCAGCAAAGCAGCUACUUCAGGAGUUCAUAUCUGCUCUACGUGGCUGUGAGUCAUUGGCGCAAGCAUGUUCUUCGCUUGCUGUCAUCUUGGGAAAUGUCGAGUCGAGGAAACUACAUAAUUUAUUAACACCUGGUAAAGGUCUUCCAGACAUUAGUUCAACUCUUAAGCAUUUCAAAGAUGCCUUUGAUUGGGUGGAAGCUAACGGCUCUGGACGCAUCAUACCUCAUGAAGGGGUUGAUAUAGAGUGUGAUUCUGCAUGCAAAAAGCUAAGGGAGAUUGAAUCCAGUUUGGCAAAACACCUGAAGGAGCAACAGAAAAUGCUUGGAGAUAAAUCAAUCACUUAUGUCAGUGUUGGUAAAGAGGCAUACCUACUGGAAGUUCCAGAACAUUUGCGUGGGAGUGUUCCUAGAGAUUAUGAGUUGCGUUCAUCCAAAAAGGGAUUUUUUAGAUAUUGGACUCCAAGUAUUAAGAAGUUUCUAGUGGAACUCUCACAAGCUGAAGUUGAAAAGGAGUCAACUUUGAAGAGUAUUUUACAGAGAUUGAUUGUUCAGUUCUGUGAGCAUCAUGAUAAGUGGCGACAACUGGUUUCUGCAACUGCAGAGCUGGAUGUUUUGAUCAGUCUGUCAAUUGCUAGCGAUUUGUACGAAGGACAAGCCUGCCGCCCAGUUAUCCUAGGUUCUUCGCCAAGUGAAGCACCAUCAUUAUCAGCAAAAAGUUUAGGGCAUCCUAUUCUUAGAAGCGAUUUUUUAGGCAAGGGUGCGUUUGUGCCCAAUGACAUUACUCUUGGUGGUAGUAGUGGUGCUAGCUUUGUCCUUCUCACUGGUCCUAAUAUGGGUGGGAAGUCUACUCUUCUUCGACAAGUCUGUUUAUCAGUGAUUCUGGCCCAGGUUGGAGCUGAUGUCCCUGCUGAGAGCUUUGAAUUUUCACUUGUGGAUCAAAUAUUUGUUCGAAUGGGUGCAAAAGAUCAUAUAAUGACAGGACAAAGUACAUUUUUAACAGAACUUUCGGAAACUGCAUUGAUGCUGUCUUCGGCCACUCGUAAUUCAUUGGUGGCUCUGGAUGAACUUGGGCGUGGUACAUCAACUUCAGAUGGACAAGCAAUAGCGGAAUCAGUUCUUGAACAUUUUGUCCACAAGGUGCAAUGUCGAGGAAUGUUUUCAACUCAUUAUCAUCGAAUAGCAGUAGACUAUCAAAAAGAUCCAAAGGUCUCUCUCUGUCACAUGGCAUGUGAAGUUGGAAGAGGGGUUGGAGAAGUGGAAGAAGUUACAUUUCUUUAUAGGUUGACACCUGGCGCCUGUCCUAAAAGCUAUGGUGGAAAUGUGGCGAGACUGGCUGGAAUUCCUGACUCCAUACUUCAAAAAGCUGCUGUUAAAUCCAGAGAAUUUGAGGCUAUAUAUGGUCAACACGGAAGGGUUUCUGAAGGAAACUCAAAAAUUCAAACUGAUGGUGAUAAGAUAGCAGUGUUCCUACAUAAUAUGAUAGAUGUAGCAACAAACUGGAGCUGCAACAGUACUGAGAGUAUCGAUAUCAGUUCACUGGCUGAACUUCAGCACAGAGCAAGAAUACUUCUGCAGCAAAAUUGAACUGAUGGUUUCGUAUUCCACUAUGACCUACCGCUGGCAAUAUUACGGUUUCUGUAAAUAACUGAGGUAAUGAGCGAACUUUAUUGCUGGUCUUUUCGCGGAAAUGCAAUACUUUCAAAUUUUGGAAUCACCUGGUUUGAUAGGUUAAAAAAUAUAGCUGAUUAAUAUGCGACUGAAUUGGAUUCAUCACUAUAGGAUCAGUAAAGCCAAUUUGGAUAACCAACUUUUUUGUAUAGUAGUUUAAGUAAGGAAGUGCAGUGUAGUUUAGUCUCGAUCAAGUGAUCAUAUAUUGUUGAAAUGUCAGAUGAGGUGGGUUCAACCAUCUUAUGUAGUAAUUAUUUUUUUAUCA